CCCAUAAUAGACAUUGAUUAUCACUAAUCCUAUGAUAAUUUGACAAUUAAAAAUAGUAAUUUGAGGGGUAUUUUAGUAAAACGGAGAAUUAACAAAAGAGAAAAAAUGAAAAAGAAAGGGGAAAAACGAGCUGUUCACAGCAGAGAGUAGUGAGAAAGAGAGAGAGAGAGAGAGAGAGUGUAUGAAAUAAACUUGCUUUGAAGGUAACAACAACAAUAAUUAGGGUUUCUUCUUUUCUUUCUUUGUAUGGAAUUCAGGAAUGUUGGAAGAAUUAGGGUUUUUCUAUUUUAUGAUUGAUUGAUUGAUCUCUGUAUAUAGUAGUAUUCAUACGAUCUUUGUGUAAUUUUCUUUUUGACGAGAUUCUGUAGAUCCAAGUGUGUGAUUCUUCAUUUUUAGGGUAUUAAGGUUGAAAACCUGGUGGAAAUUGAGAUCUUAAUUGGAUAGAAUCAGUUUUUGACUCACACUGGAAAUUUGUUUGACUAAAGGAAGACUUGUUUACAGUGUGUGACUAUCUGGUUGUCUGAGGUAUUUUUGUUGUUGUUGAAGUUUUUUCUACUUGUAUUAAUCUCUUGGGAAGGAUUUUCAAGAAUUUAUUUGGGGUUUUGUGGUUAAUAUCAAUCAUCAGUUAGUGGGAAAUCAUUUGGAUAAAUUUGGGGGUUACAUAUGACGUUCACGGACAUAAUUGGAGUUACUUGCAACAGGAAAUUUAUGGUAAAGAAAUUUAGAAAUUGGGGUAUGGUUUAAUGUAUGUAAUUAUAUGGUUUUCCCAUUGUGAGUGAAGGUGAAAAAAAUUUGAUUGUCGCUUGCCUUAUCGGGAUAUUGAGCUAACUAAUAGGAAAGAUAGCUGGUUAGUUUGUUGGUUGUAUUAGGAGAUUUUUGUGGUUUUGGUGAAAGGGUUUAAACAACGUGGAGAAGGGUUUGGGUGGCGAAUUAUGGCUGUUUUGGAGAAUUAGGUUUGAUACUUAUUGUUAUGAAAGAAUCAUACUAAGUUCUUGGGGAUUUGGGUAGUCAAAAUGCCUCCUUCUCCGGUGUUGAGGCGCUCUCCUAAAAAGGAUCUUAGAGUGACUACUCAUAAACGAGGCCGCAGUCUUGAAGGAGGAAUUAUUGUCAAACAGAAAGAUGAUGAUCUUCUUCUAUUCAAUGAGAUGGAACAUAAAGAGAGCGACAACAUUUUGCUUCAGUCUACUGAUGAAUUUGACGUAUCCUUGUCGAGAAGACUUGAUUCCAUUUCGAGUUUCAAGCUUGGGGUGUCAGUUCCAUCUCGUGGAGAGAGUAGUGACCUCCUCAAUGCAGACGAGGAGAAAAAUGACUAUGAUUGGCUGUUGACUCCUCCCGACACUCCUCUUUUCCGUUCGUUGGAUGAUGAGACAAUUCCAGUUAAUCUUGUCCAGAGGGGCAGGACUCGAAGUCAGCCCAUCUCCGUAUCAAGAGCAAGCACAGCUGAGAAGAGUUACAGGGGUAGUAGAACUAGUGCAAGUCCACAACGACUUAGCCCAUCUCCUCGGUCUGGAAAUAGUACUUUGCAGUCCAGGGGAAGGCCAUCUUCAGCUCGUAACUCUAGUCCAUCUCCCAGUGUAAGGCCUUCUAGUCCAUCACUGAGGCCGUCUACUCCCCCAAUUAAAAACUCAACACCUUCUCAGAGAUCUUCCACACCCACUUCUCGGAAGAUAAACGUUGGGUCAAGUGGCAAUGCAUCUUCAUCUGGGAGAGGAACCUCCCCUGUAAAUACUAGUCGGGGAAGCUCUCCUUCACCAAAAUUUAGUGCAUGGCAAUCAAGUAUCCCUGGAUUUCCAUCUGAAGCUCCACCCAAUCUCCGGACUUCUCUAGCUGAUACACCGGCAUCUUACGUAAGGGGCUCUUCACCAGCAUCCAGAAGUGGGAGGGAUUCCUCCAAAUUAGGACGUCAAUCAAUGUCACCAACUGCUUCUCGGAGUGCCAAUUCAGCAUAUAGUUAUGAGCGAGACCGACAUAGUACCCAGAGUAAGGGUUCGUUUGGAUCAUCUGGUGAUGAUGAUGUAGACUCUCUAUAUUCUACCAAUCUGAGUGUAUCCGAGCGGUCAGUUUCAAAGAAAGUUGGGUCACUACCAAAUGGAAAAGUCGUAUUCUCCAACAAGUCAUCAGGAACAUCUGCCUCUAGCUCGGCUCCAAAAAGAUCUUUCGAUUCUGCACUUCGGCAAAUGGAACGAAAAAGUCCACAAAUGUUCAGGCCACUUUUGUCCAGUGUCCCAAGUACUACCUUCUAUGCUGGAAAUGCAAACUCUUCUUUCCGUCCUAUGGCCUCUAGGAACUCCUCUUUAACAACUAGCAGUAAUGCAAGUUCUGAACAUGGUGCCAGUGUUGCACUUGAUACUGAGUGCAGUGAGCAUGACAAGGAUAAUCUGCCAAUUGAAAGCAAAAAGGUACCAUUUAACGAUGAUCAAAAUGACGAAGUCUUUAAAUUUGAUAGAGUUGAUGAAGUAGAUGAAGAUGGCGCGGAACAAGAUGUUAUUAGAGAUAGUAUCGGCGGAAUUAAUUCUAAAGAACAGAGCAUCAGUGCUGCGGCUAAAGAUAUUACUACAACCUCUCCUGAGUCAUUUAUUGUUGAAUUUGAUCAGUCAAAAGAUGCUCAUCUAAGGACACCAGCAACCUGUUCUCAAUGUGGCCGGAAGUUUGAUGCAGUUGAGUCAAUGGACAAGCACAUAAACAUUUGUCCAGUUUGCCAUGAAAAAGUUGCUUGCAUCAGUGUGCAUAUCCCAGACAUUGAAGCAGUGUUCACCGAUGCUGCAAGUCAUUCUCAGAUGACAUUGAAAGAGAAAAGAGAUGAUUUCGAGGCUGAUACCAAGGCGGGAAUACUCAAGAGGGCGGAAAUGGAACCUGUUCAAGUGAGGAUGAAUUUUGAGCAAGGUGAAAGUCUCAUGAAGAACAGUUCCCUUGAAAAGGUGAGAGUAGGAGGAGGGGUAAAGGACGAUCCGGAACAGCAAGUGGUGAUCCACCCAACACUUGAUUCAAGUCCUCACAAAGACACUGCUGGCGAAGAGUUCAAAAACUCCUAUCCAAACAAAACAAUUGAUGCUGAAGCUGCUGGUAUUUCCCUGCUACUGCGAAGGUCAAGUAGUAGUAAAUGGCAUGUUGUUCAGGGGAGGUCCUUUACUGCUACGAACGUUCCUUGCAAUAAUCCCUCCUAUGCACGAGAUAGCCAGAGCAGCAUGAGGAAUUCUAGUGGGCAUGGUAGUGCCUCUGCAUCUUCUUCUGGUGAUUGGAGCUCUUCCAAACAUACAGAUAUCCGUGUCCAGCGGCAGUCUAGCAGCAGGAUGUAUGACAUGGAGAACUCCAAUCAAUAUGUGGAUAUAGACGUUUUAAGGCGCUGGUCUUCUUUUUCUGUAUCUUCAAAUCAUGCGAAUAAAGAUACUGUGCAGACUAAGAGCACCCAAGAAGGAAAUUUUAGUGCUUCUAUUGAAAGGGAGGAUUACACGGGCUUAACUGAAAGUCAUGUAGUUUCUGAGGAACAUAGAAUCACGUCAAAAGGAACAGAAUUGGAUUAUAGAGAUCCUUCUCUUGCCAAUCAUGCUGUUUUCGAGGAAAAUAAACUUGCUCACACCGAAAGUGAUAGAAUGAUUGAUGGUUCAACUUCUGACAUAUUAAGCCCGACAAUGAGUAUCCAAUUAGAGGAAUUACGAGCAUUGGCAAGUAAUGAGGACUGUGUUUCAUCUGAUAACUACGAGGACCUUUCAAAUAAUGUAAGGAAUAACGCAGAUGCAGAAACAUCAGUUAUGACAGAAGAAACUGCCACAACGGGUAAAGCUGUACGUGGCACUGACAUGACUGGUGCAGAAUCAACAGCUCUAGAAAAUGAUGAUGCAAAUGCUCAAGAUUCUCAUAGUGAUUCUGGAGAAUCCCGAAAUUCAGAAAGCACUAUAGAUGAACAAGAGACUUCAGUUUCGCUGGAUCCUGCUCCAGAAACUAGUCUUUCAAAUCAAGUCCACGUCAUCGUAGAGGAAUCAAAUGUAGUAGUCGAGAACCGACAUAUGAGAAGAAGUCUAACACUGGAAGAAGCAACUGAUACUAUACUCUUCUGCAGCUCUAUCAUUCAUGAUUUAGCUUAUGAAGCUGCAACAGUUGCGUUGUCUAAGGAGAUUAAUGAAGUUCACCUGGAGGGUUCUGUUCCUACGAUUACUAUCCCAGACAAAUCAUGUUCUGAAAGAAAGGAUCAGCGUGGAAAGACUACUGUUCGUAAGCGGCCUCCUAAAUCUGAGAAAGCCCGUCAAAGGCGGGUGGAAACAGAAGAAAACAAAAACAGUAAUACUUCAGAAACUGACAUAACAAGUAAUGACUCUUUAAAGCAUGAUUCAGGGCUUCCAAAAAAGGUUGACACUUCAAGACCGCCUAAAUUGGAGUCCAAGUGCAAUUGCACAAUAAUGUAAGAUUCAAACCCACGAUAUCGAACUCUAAUAUCUCUCUAACAGCUUGUAUGAGGUCAGAGGGCGGGUGCAAGAGUUGUUUGUAUCUUAGUCUGUAGAAUUUUUCAUUUUCUUCCAAUUUUUGUGGCAGUUUGAUUGAUUGCCCCCCAUCAGUGUUUGUGUUAAUUAUUGUUACUCCCCACAAUUUAUUUGUAACCAAAAUAUGCACCUUAAGUAGUUACCAAAGGGUGUGUGAGAUAAUCAUGUAAAGUUUUGUGUUUACUGUCUGAUUUCACGAGAGUAUUGCGAAUUUGCUCCUGAUUGUACCAAGAUUGUCCCAUUCUAAAACUGUAACCUUAUUACUAGAGAUUCAGAUUUGAUUUUCAUUA